GGCUGUAGGCCGCCAGCCAGGCCCACCACAAUUGUAAAGCUGGUAAUGAGCAAAAAAGGUUUUCAUCUUCGCCUCCCUAUUGCUGUGCUGGUCUGCUGCUUUGAAGCUAGUAGCAGAUAGAUUGCAAAUGGCAACCAACUCAAGCUUUCAACUGUUUUCGUCAUCUAGUGAUAAACCCAAUUUAAGUUUAGGGUUUUUGGACUCGUCAGAGCCGCCACUGCCACCUCCUCCUCCCUCCAUCGAAGUCCUCUCCUGUGAGGUUUCCUCUAAUGUGAGAUGCACUGUCGAGCCUGUCAACUUGGAUGGCUUUACUUUACUCAAGGGGCGGGUGAGUACUAAAGAGGUUUUCGGAUUGCCUAAUUCGGAUUUAGUCCCUGGAAAGUAUGAAGGGGGACUUAAGCUGUGGGAAGGUUCAUUAGACCUUGUUAAAGCUCUGCGCUCUGAGGUUCGAAAUGGGCACCUAUCAUUUGAGGGAAAGCGAGUGUUAGAGCUUGGAUGUGGUCACGGACUUCCUGGGAUAUUUGCAUGUCUUGAGGGUGCAGCUGUUGUGCAUUUCCAGGACUUUAAUGCGGAGGUUCUGCGGUGUCUCACCAUUCCAAAUGUAAAUGCAAAUCUUUCAGAGAAGUCACAGCCUGACUCUUCUGGAGAAGUACGCUUUUUUGCUGGUGACUGGGGUGAGAUUCAUCAACUACUUCCUCAUGCACAUGGAAGUGAAAUGAACCUGAAUUCCAGCUUAGAACAUGGCCAAGCUACUGGUUAUGAUGUUAUUCUAAUGGCUGAGACAAUUUACUCAAUCUCUGCUCAAAGGAAUCUCUAUAGACUUAUAAAGAAGUGCAUGAGCCACCCACAUGGAGUUGUUUACAUGGCUGGAAAGAAGCAUUAUUUUGGUGUAGGCGGGGGAACACGGCAAUUUCUUUCUAUGCUUGAGAAAGAUGGUGUUAUGGCUGCAAGUCUUAUUACUGAAGUUGCUGAUGGUUCGUCUAAUGUACGGGAGGUAUGGAAGCUUUCAUAUAAGUAGGUCCACUAUUUGGUUUAUUGGGAUGUUGACUAUGCUAGAUGCUACUCUAAAUGCGGAUACGUGGGUGAUAGCUUGAUCAAACGCAAGAACUGUUACUCUAUAUGUGCACAGGAUGAUUAUAUUCCAUGAACGCUUUCCUUUUGUUACUUUUAAUCUAGUCUUUAUUUUCCAUAAACCUUUGUUUACUCUGUAUCAUACCCCAGAAAUUUUUAACUGGCAUUAAGAAUAACAACACACUCUAUAAAACAUUAUAGUUUAAACUCC